AUGCUUGAAGUGAUAAAGUUAUUAUUUAUCAGUAUCACUAUCAAAAUGCACUUACAGUCAUUCAUAGAAUCAUUGUCUGAUAAACUUGAUUAUUGUAUUUCAAAUGUGCUUGGAGAAAUCGGGGAAAUUAGAUUUAAAUUAGAUCAGCUAGAUGAAUUAACUAAAACCUUAAAAGACUUAAAAAAAUCGUUAAGUACAGUACGUUUAGAAAACGUUAACCAAAAUAAAUCCGAAUGGUCUAUAAAAUCAACCACCGAGUGUGGUGAUGUCAACUUAAAUCAGAAGCAAGAAAUCAUUGACGUACAAAAGGUAGAAUGUAUUGAGAAAGACAACAAACUUCGAAAAAACGGUAAUAAACUUUUAAAGUCAUCGUUGAACACAACACUAGCAUUAAUAAAAGAAAAUGAAAAAACCGAGUCAACUUUCAAAACAAAGGUAGAAACGGACCAGGAAAAAGCCGACUACAUUGAAAGGCUUGUUUUAGAGAAGUUUAACUCCUUCCCAACCACAAAUUUGCAAAACACGCAACAUAAAAUCAUUGCUGGCAUCGUCAUGACUCGCCCAUCUUCUGAGUUCGAAGUAAUUUCGGUUGCAAUGGGUACCAAAUGCGUUCACAGCAAACACGUGUCUCAACUAGGCCUAACCCUAAACGACAUGCACGCAGAAAUAAUAGCAAGAAGAUCUCUGAUCAACUAUUUUUACGACCAGUUGGAUUUGAUCACAAAAAAUGGACCAGAAUCAUCGAUUUUCAAUCCACGAAGUGACGGACCCGGAUAUAAGCUGAAAGACGGAAUCGAGUUUCAUUUGUAUAUCAGCACAGCACCAUGUGGUCAUGCGAGAAUUUUUGCUAACGGAUGCAAAAAAUCAAACCUGCCGGCUAAACUUAGACUUAAAAAUGCAUGUGUAAGUGCACUAGCUUCUAAAGAAAUCUCAGAUUGUGAUAACUUACCGACGAUGUCGUGUUCGGACAAAAUUUGCAAGUGGAACGUUGUGGGUCUUCAAGGGGCGCUUUUGUCUCAUUUUGUCGAACCCGUUUAUUUGAAGUCAAUCAUUAUAGGAGGACAAAUGGACACGAUGCAUUUGUAUAGAUCGGUUUGUGGGAGAAUUCAAAACACGAUUAAGAAUCUUCCAGUUACGUACUCUUUAAAUCGACCAAUGUGUUUUUUGACAAGUGAAAAGAUAAUUCCUUCGGGUGGAAAAUACCCCAAUUUUUGUGUAAUUUGGUGCACAGGUGAGGGAAGGCCAGAAGUGAUAAGUACAAGAACUGGCAAAUUAGAAUCUUCUGCGAAAUCAAAAUAUUGUAAACGACUCUUUAUGGAGAGGUUUCUAGAUUUGAGUGGUAGAAUUUCAAGUAUAAGUGGGACUGAAAGAAAUAACAUUCGUGGAUUUUAUGGUGAACUGAAGCAAGCAGCAACGUCGUAUAAAGAAAGCAAAGAAUGUUUAUUAACGGCAUUCAAGAAAUCAGAUUUAGGCAAAUGGAGUGUGAAACCUGUCGAUUUGGACCUUUUUAAACUUACAUCGUGACAAUGUUCUAUGUGGAGCUUUAUUUCUCAAAUCAAAUUGUUCUCUUUCGACAUUUUUUAUAAUGAUUAUACCUACCUUCCCCAAUGUUGUAAUAUUGUCAUAUUAAAUAUUAAUUGGACAAAUAAAUAACACAGAAACUCGAA